CUGCGCAUGUUAGAGGAUCUCCAUCGACUUCACGCAGCAGACAUGUAGUAUGUGGGCUGGACGUUCUGUACGGAUACAGGUAACACGAAUACCGAGGGCUUUGUCACGCACGGAAAUGUGCCGCUUAAAUAAAUAAUGCUUUAAAUGGCGGAUCCAGGUUAGACCACACGCUGCAGCAGGCAGCGUUUCCUGUCUUUGCACGGCAAACAGAACACCUCUUCCAACAGGACAUGGAUCCAGGGUGGUUUAUUGGACGCGAGAGGAUUCCCUCUUCAAAGUCUGAGCAGCCAAUGCCAAGCUGCAGCAGGGUCGCCAGGCCGUGCAUGACCAUCAACCUGACUGAAAUGCUUCGAGCUGACAGACCUACUGCAGAGAGGAAGCCUGUACCAAUCCGUCCCCCGAGUCCCAGAGUCUCUGUGCCAAAAAAAAAGGAAUUGCAUAGCAGCCUCUCCUGUGAACCAAUGCCGAAACCCAUCAUUCGACAGCGCUCGCUGUCUCUGCCUUCUUCCACACAGAAAAAAAAGCAGUGCAGGCAUGUGGGUGUGCGGUUUGUUGAUUCUUUGGGACUUGACCUGGAAGAUAUCAAGGUUUUCAAAUCAGGAGAGGAUCCACUUGUGCCACAUCAUGUUGCCUUCCGAUUGUUGAUGGGUGCUGAGAUGGCAGACGGGCAGCAUCUGGAAAUCUGCUUGCCAUACUUGGAGCCAGUUUUUGCCCAACAGCCUGGCGAUCAGCCAGGAUUUCUGCAACGUCUCCACGAGCAGAAAGUGUGUUUGGAAAGAGUGUUGUGUUUUGAACUGGGGAUCAUCGGAAUCACACAGGUGCUCAAUAUGGACUUUGAGAAAGAUGUGACAGCUCGUUAUUCAUUCACAGAGUGGAAAAGCUCGGCAGAAGUUAAGGCCUCCUGGGUGUCCACCACCACCAGAAGCUUUGAGGAAGGCCGAGGGCAGAUAAGCUGUGAUACAUUUCGUUUCCAUUUGCCUGUCCCUCCUUUCCUGCAGCCAGGAACCAUGCUAGAGUUUGCGAUUCAGUACAAAGUCUGUGGAGCUGAGUACUGGGACAACAAUGAUGGGGAGAAUUAUAAAUUACUUUGCCAAAAUUACAAACUCUCUGUGCCUAAAGAAUGUGAGGACAGCAUGGUUCACUUCAUUUAAGAUACACCAUAAAGGUAGAACGCAUCCAAAUGAACACUUUUUGACAGUUGUCACUAAAAUGAGUUAAAAAUUCUAACAGCAAAAAUAUCUUCUUUGACUGUUAGCACUGCAUGGUUUUCAUCUGUUACUCACUAGCACCCUCACACCUGAUGCUAACUUGCUUUUUUAUGCAUUGUUGAAUCAAAUUGCAGAUUAAUUGUAUCUAUAUAUUUUGUAGCUUUUAUAACAAAAAAAAAAAAAAAAGCACUUACUAAAUGCACUACUCCAUGGG